AUGAUUACAGUGGAAAAUUUUGGAAGGCUACCCCAAAUUGGAUAUAUCCAAUUGCAAGUGAUAAAUCCGACUCAGAUUCCAGCAACGUCGUUUUGGCCAGUCAAAAUAAAAGGAAACGCUAUUGCGCUCCGUAGCAAGGGUAACGACAGAUAUCUGCGAAGCACCACUGAGCAUGGCAAUGUGGACUGUCUUGCUGCGGCAUCUUGGGCGACAACUAUUGACAGAGAGAGCUACUUGUUGCUGGAAGAGCUUGUGAUCAAUAGGCAAAUUGACGUUGUGGGGUACCGAUUGGAGGACGCCCGAGUGUAUGAUGAAUCAAUAAUGACAUUGGCGCGCUCCUGUGUCACAAAUAUGACUCAAGAAACGGAGACAUUAGAGGUGACGAUGACUUAUGAAGACCAGCGGAUGCACCAAUUUAGUAAAAGUGCUUCCUUCACAGAUAAUUUCACCGGCAGCGUUUCAUUGGGUAUUCCAGAGAUUGGGGAAGGUGGGAUUGAAAUCAAGAAGACGAGAGAUAGCGAGUUUCAGAGGGGAUGUAGCACAGCUAGAACCACUACUUUGACACAAAAGGUCAUGGUAACCGUGAAGCCAAUGACAAAGAUGACUGUAACUCUUGUUGGAACACUUGGAUUUUGCGAUGUUCCCUUCUCCUACACUCAGCGGGACACCCUCGUUGAUGGCAAAAUAGACGAGAAUUCAUUUAACGACGGUCUUUUCCAUGGUGCCAAUUCCUUCAAAAUCGAUACCAAAAACUUCGAGCAACCACUGAAAAAGCUACCAAAUCCGUCCUAA